UGCGAUUUAUUUUUGCUUGGGGGAUUUUAAUCAUACUCCCCGGUCGUGACCCUGCUUGCAUCCAAUGUACCGACCAAAAACAUCCAGUCCCUCGACAUUGGCCAAAAGAUUGAGUGGUAGCUAUCAAGCCAGUGCUAUAGCCACAUCUCUAGUAUCUCCUCUUUUGGGUGCAGACGAUCAGCUUGGCUUUUCGAAACAAUCAUCCAAUGACUCGGCCAUUCAAACGGUGGAACAACUGAGCAAUUGCAUAAGGGCAAGUAUAAGGAGAUCUGACGUCGCCGAAGAGACCUUAAAGUCGGCCAAAGCUUUUACACAAGUGGAUCAGUAUCUAAAGAACACUCAAACAUGUCUUGAUAAAAUGGAUCAAACUCUUGAAAAGCUGCUUCAAGUGAACGGCAGUAUCGCUAAGGAACUGCAUGCAUUGGAUGACAUACAAGCAUCCUUAUCAAUUGACAGAUUCUAGCGAAUAGCCAAUGUGUCAUUAGACAUGGUUCGGGAUGGCAAAUGCACAAUACUACCGAACCCUUCGGACGGCAUGCUAUAUGGCACCGACGGGCGUUUCUUCGUCGUUUUGGAAGAUCCAGCCCAUCAAAGCUAACGGGCCAUGGCCAGCCAUGAACCUCAAACAUCCCCGCAGCCUUUCGAUGCUUCACCUAUUGUAAUCCACACCAGCUAGCCUGGACUGCCAUGCACUACGUAACGUCCAGCCUAUGUCAUCCCAUUACCUCUGCCGACAAAGUCGUCAGGACGAACCAGAACGAAAAAUUGACUUUUGUUUAUGCGAGCAAUGACAGUUUAUACUUACAAAAUACAAAAAGAAAGAAGGAGAACUAAAAAAAAUUAC